AUGGCUUUUCGCCAGCUGCACGGCGCAGCUAAACUACAGGAAGUCACCCAGUUACUGGGCUCCCUCGAGAAGGACUUGCAGGAGAAGCAGUUGACAUCCUCGCAAAAGAUCCAGACUCUUCUCCAGCUCCGCCAACAUGGUACUAGCCCCCUCAAUGCCGACCCGAUAUAUUCCAGCAAGGGUAUUGGCAUUCUACUACAAUAUGGGCUGCAAGAAGAGACGGCUGAUGUGUGUCGUGCUGCCCUGAGAUGUGUCGCAAAUGCUCUACUGCUCGAUGCGAACAUGCGCCAAGUCUUUGUGGACACAGGCUACGGGGGCAAGUUGGCUGAAAGGCUCAAGGUUGAUAACUCGGAAGAUGAAAUGAUUGCUAGUAGAAUUCUCUUCCUGUCAACUUAUAACACCACCAUGGACUUUGAUGAGUUGAUCAAGAACCAUUCCCUCGGGGAGAACGUUAAUUAUCAACUUACUCGGCACGCAAAACAAUUCCCUAAAUCCGGACGAGAGCCGCUGUCACAAAUGGAUGAGUUGGCUCUCACUGAUACCCUCAAACUGAUUUUCAACAUAUCAAAGCUUUAUGACCUUGGGGCUGCUUUUUCGCCUUCCAUCCCUUGUAUCCUCAAGAUCAUUAGUCGCAUUGACAUUUCGUCAAAGCCGCUGGAAGGCUUAACCAGCCAGCUCAUCAAUUCACUCUCCGUGCUUGACCUGGAGGAGAAAAAGGGCAAGGUCUUCGAGAAAAGCCCAUUCUUCCCUACGUUUGAUCCGAAAUGCAAUGUGGACAAAUUGAUCGGCAUUCUUGACCAGGCGGUUACUGCAUACCGUCACGAGGAGCUUGAGGAGAAAGCUGUCCCAUUAUUGCAUACUUUAAUCAUCGCUCAUGAGCUUGCCCCUGAUGAACAGCGCAAGUACAUGCAAUCGCGACUGCUGCCAGAGGACAGCGAUCGCAGCGAGCCCAUCGGGCGCUCCGAUACUCUUGCAUCCCGACUCUUGAAACUCUCAACAGGCCCAUAUCCAAACCUCAAGACCGGAAUUUCCGAACUGAUGUUUGUCCUUGCCGGGAGGGAUGCCGAGAACCUCACCCGCAAGAUUGGGUAUGGAUUUGCAGCGGGAUUUUUGGCAUCCCGAGGGAUGGAGAUCCCACAGAGUGCCAGUGAGGCUUUUGCAGAUGACUCCAACGGUCUCGAUGCUGGUGUCAACCCUAUCACUGGACAGCGAUGGACUGCGGAGCCGAAAGACUCAGCCCCGCCUAUGACCAUGGAAGAGAAGGAAAGGGAAGCAGAAAGACUCUUCGUACUCUUUGAAAGAGCCAAGGCGAACGGUCUUCUAACAGUGGAGAAUCCAGUGACCCAGGCCUUCCAUGAAGGAAGGUUCGAAGAAUUGCCAGACGACGCUGACAGCGAUUGA